AUGGCUCGGCUAUCAGGCCUCCAAAGACAGGUGCUGGCUCUGUAUCGGACAUGCUUGAGAGAAGCCGGGAAAAAACCCAUUGUGAGCAAUUACCUCGCCGCGCUGUCAAAGGCCGAAUUUCGAAAGAACUCCUCUGUCAGCAAGAAGGAUUUCGGUGCGAUAGAGUAUCUACUACGGAAGGGGCAGAGGCAGCUUGAGAUGUACUCAGCCCCCGGAAUCCGCAAUAUCCGGUGA